AUGAAGUUCAGCCGAUCAGUUGUAUUUGUAGCACUUUGUGUUUGUUGCUUGGCUGUGUUUCCAAAAGUUGAGGUUGAUUCCGGUGCUUAUGGAUCGGAUUUGGUGACGAUUCAGGAUAAUAGACCAGGAACUGUUCAUGGGGUUUCUGCACAGGAUGAUUUGGAUUCUCCAGACUCUCAGGUAUCUCAUGAUGCCCUUCACUCGUUUGUUCUUAGUAUCUCGAUGAUUAUAGUGAGCGAGAUCGGCGAUAAGACAUUUCUUGUGGCCGCUAUUAUGGCAAUGAGAUACCGUCGUCAACAGGUAUUCUUUGCUGCAUUCUCCGCACUUGCAUUGAUGACCAUCCUCAGUGGUUUGCUUGGUCAUGUUCUCCCCACGCUACUUUCUCGUCGUGUUACGCAGUUCUGUGCAUCUCUUCUUUUCCUAAUAUUUGGAACUAAGCUUCUCAUUGAUGGAUUGGGUACUUCGAAGGAUCUUGGAGUUCAAGGAGAGAUGAACGAGGUGGAGGAAGAGAUUUCUGCUGGAAAUAUCAAUAAUCGUGGAAGUGAGAUGGAAAAUGGAGUUAAUAUCGACUUGGACAUGGGCUCAGAUCAAGGCGCAGGUUUUUUUGAACCGUCACCCGUCAAGCAGGUGAUGAUAAACUUUACUGAACGGUUCAAGCAGAUUUCUAAAUAUAUCUUUUCUCCAGCGUGGAUCCAAACUUUCCUGAUGACUUUCUUAGGAGAAUGGGGAGAUCGAUCGCAGAUCGCUACAAUUGCUUUAGCGGCCGGUUCAGAUUAUAUCAUGGUAAUUUUGGGAGGUGUCAUUGGUCAUGGUUUUUGUACUGGUAUGGCAGUAAUAGGAGGUCAAUACUUAGCUUCGAAGAUCUCUGUUCGAACGGUCCUUUUGGGUGGAUCGGUGGCUUUUUACUUGUUUGCUUUGACCUACCUAUAUUCUGCCUACUAUGAUAUCGAGUAA